CUCAUCUGAGGACUGCAUCCUCAUAUGGUCCAGUCUUUCCUCAAGCUGUUGUGCUUCUUCUGACGCCACUACGCUCUACGAGCACCAUCAUGACUGGAGAUAUCUCGGAAAAGAGCUCGCUGCAGUGCGCCCAGCCACUGAUGUACACAGACGAACGAGAAAAGGAGGACUUUAAGCAGCUCACAGAACAGAAGAAAUCGGAGGAGCCCGUCCAAGGGCGGUGGGCCAGGUUCAACUUCUGCAGCCCACCAUGGCGGACGUUUUUCUUGUGGCACUUGGGAGAAGAAUGGAUCAUUCUCAUCCUGCUGGGAAUCAUCCCAGCCAUCUUCAGCUGGGCCAUGGAUUAUGGCAUUGAAUUCUUCCUACACAGCACAAUUUGGGUGUAUGAGAAAGCACACGACCAUGUGUUCCUGCAGUAUCUGGCCUGGGUCUCCAUCCCUGUCGUGCUGAUCAUCAUUGCAGCAGGCUUCACCUACCUUGUGGGACCCCAAGCUGCAGGCUCUGGAAUUCCAGAGAUGAAGGCUAUAGCAAAAGGGAUUGAUGUCAAAGGUCAUCUCAGCCUGAACACUCUGGUGGCCAAAAUCGUUGGCCUCACCUUUGCACUGGGCAGCGGCAUGCCUCUGGGGAAGGAGAGCCCCUUCGUGCACAUCGGGGGCAUCUGUGCUGCGCAGCUGAGCAGGUUUGCGGCGUACAUUGGCAAAGUUAAAGAGAGUAAGGCUCAGCGGGUUGAGUUGGUGAUUUCCGGCUGUGCUGUUGGCCUAGCAUGUUGCUUCGGCACCCCUGCUGGAGGUCUGCUGUACAGUAUAGAAGUAGCCUCAACCUUCUUCUUGGUCAGGAACUACUGGAAAGCAUUCUUCGCUGCCACCAUCAGCGCCUUCGUGUUCAGAUUUCUGCCCGUGUGCGAUGGAAGUUUUGCAACCAUUACACCUCUCUUUAAGACAUGGUUUCGUCAGGAACACCCCUACGAGCUUCUAGAGCUCCUUUCCUUCUGUGUCCUGGGUGUACUGUGUGGUCUGGCUGGAGCGUUCUUUGUCUUCGUCAAUGGUGUGAUGGUGCGCUUUAUUAGGAGCGAAAGACGCAUCAGUCAGUUCCUCGUCAAGACGCGUGUGCUGUAUCCUGCUUUGGUCACUCUUGUGAUUGCCACUCUGACCUUCCCCCCUGGAUUUGGACAGUACAUGGCUGGGGAGCUGACUCAGAAGGAGACUCUGUACGCCCUUUUUGACAACUACACAUGGUCCAAGCACCUUCAGGAGGAUCAUUUUGACCCGUCCGACCACUCGGUGGCCUGGAAGCACCCACAUGUCAAUGUCUUCGGCACACUCGCCAUCUCCUUCAUCAUGAAGUUCUUCAUGUCGGCCGUGGCGAUUUCUAUGCCUGUACCAUGUGGAUCUUUUGUACCAGCUUUCGUCAUUGGGGCUUACCUCGGGAGGCUGGUGGGUGAAGUGGCGGCUGUUGUGCUGCCUGAAGGAAUUCAUAAUAAUGGCACUAUCUUCACUCCAGUCCCAGGAAGCUACGCUGUAGCAGGUGCAGCUGCGAUGUCAGGGGCAGCCACUCACACCGUAUCCACAGCGCUGAUAGUGUUUGAGUUGACUGGUCAGAUCAACUACAUUUUCCCUUUAAUCUUUUCGGUUAUUGUGGCUAAUAUUGUGGCCCAAUCCCUCCAGCCUUCGCUAUAUGAUACCCUCAUCCGUGUCCGAAAACUGCCUUAUCCAGCAGAGCUCACAUGGGGCCACCACAAUGGGCCUAGUAUUCAGGUGGAGGAUUUCAUGGUGAAAGACGUGAAGUAUAUCACUCUAAACUCUACGUUCAAGGACCUCCAUAAAAUCUUAUUCUCGAGACAGUUCAAGUGUCUCCCACUGGUUAAGUCUGCAGAUUCAAUGAUCCUGCUGGGCUCUAUUCAGUGCGUUCAGUUGCGGGCUCUGCUGUCCCAGCAUCUCAGCCGUGCACGGCAGCUGGAGUACCUCCGUGAGGACGAGAGGAAGCAUUCGAGUAUUCCCACCAGCGAGGAUGAAAACGAAAAGGACAUCCAAGAGGUCUCACCACUCAAAAGACCAACUGCGAGAGGCUUCCAAGAUUCUGACAUUACCUUGAAGACUCUUCUCUGUUCCCAUUCUAUCGUGGAAGGACUAGAGGAUGAUCCUGAUAUGGAAGAUACCAUGACUAAAAAAGAGAUUCUGGAGUGGGAGGAGCUGCAGCUGGAGGACAAGGUCAACUUUAACGACUGCAAGAUUGACCCUGCCUCCAUCCAGCUUCUGGAACGUACCUCGUUGCAAAAGGCCCACAAAAUCCUUACUAUGAUGAGUCUGGAUGAAGCGUAUGUCACCAGCGCUGGGAAACUCAUAGGGGUCGUGUCACGUAGCGAGCUGAGGAAGGCGUUUGAGACUUUGGCAAAGGUGCGGGCGCCCGUAACGCACCCUCCCAUGGAAACCCUCAGAGAGACCAGGACGAGAUGCAGGAACACGGACACCCCCGAGGCCACAGAGCUCCACAGCCUCCUGGGCAGCGAGAGCAGCCUGGACCAGCCCGCAGAGCCCGAGGAGAAGUGAUGGAUGGAGGGAGACGGAGUCUUGGGUCUGACCUGAUCCCAACCCAGAGUUUUGAAGGAGAAUGGAAAGAAGGGAUGAAGUAAUGAUGGGAAAAUAGUAGCUGUGAAAAUAUUGUUUCUGAUUAAUAUAUAGUUUUUUUUUACCUUGAAAAAUCCUCAGGCCUUUCCCGCCGUAUUGCAUGUGAAUUUACCCUUAACUGUGUUUGGUGUUCUGAUUUGCAUCAGAGGGUCUUCACAUUGAUGUUGAGGACACUUUUCCUCCCCUGUGAAAUUAUCUUUUUUUUUAACGCACAAGUGAAGAUAAAGGAAUAUCCUAAAUAAUGAAUGUAUUACCAGCCACAAUAAAUCUGGAACGGAGCUAAUUAACCCAUCAGAAA